AUGCUUAGGCAGACUAGAACGACUACGGAAGCCCUAUUAGCCAGGCUUGAUGAAACGUGUGGAAUAAGGCCCAAUCUGAUACAGGCAAACAACACACCAUUAUCACCACAGUUGACUCGUAGCCACAAUGGACGACUACCUAGACUCCCCAACAAUACCAACCACAUAGAUCUAGAUGCUGCUACUGCUGCCAGAAGAAGGAAAUCUACGUUAAAUGAGGAUUACGAAGAUGAUGAGCCCGAUUUCGAUCCCUACUCUAGAGCCGAUGUAUCUUGGAGUGACGAGAUCAGCACCCUAAGGAAAAUAAAACUACAGCUACUCUCAAAGCACAAGAGAACUGUUACAGACAUUGAAUCAGCAUCUCUGAUAUCCUAUCAACCAUUUUCAAGGAUAUUCUUACUAUCUUUCUUCAAAACGUUGCGGUUGAACGACUUGAAGAUUGAACAUGUGGAUUUGGACACCCUGCAGCAUUUGAAGGAGGUCGUCCUUAUUGGCAAUGAAAUCAAGUUUUUACAUGCUAGAAAUCUACCUACUUCGCUCGAAUCGUUAUCGUUGUCUGCAAACCGGUUAACGAGAGUACCAGAUCUCUCCACUCUACAAAACCUAAUCACGCUCUCUCUUGCUUAUAACCAUAUCGACACCCUCACAAACGAACUGCAUCACAGCAACAAGUCACAACCAACAUCAGUAAUAGGAACAGGACGACCUCCAUCAAAUGACGAUGCAUCAACACGUCCACGGACGGCAGCUUCAACGCGAGAAUCAGCAACACGACCAACAACAGCUACAACUGGUGAAAUUAUACCACCAGCAAUCGCCACCGUCUUGCCUUCAAACCUAGUAUCGCUCGACAUUUGCUUUUGUGAUAUUUCAGACUUGAAUGAGACGUUGAGGCAUCUUGUUCAGACAAAAAAUCUACGAUUGUUGAAUAUGAUGGGAAAUCCAUUCUCCUUACUGGAACGAUACCGUCGAACGACAUUACUGAAUCUACCGCAAUUGUUUGCUUUGGACGAUUUAGAAAUCACGGAAGCUGAACGAAGUAGUGUCAGUAGUCCUACAACUCCUACUACUAGUCCUAUCCAAGAUUCACAGAAUCAAAUCAUAGAUUCAGAAGUCGUGAUGCGAUUCACACUAGCAGGAAUGACUGGUCUCGCAUCGCCUCACCCAAUAGAGCCACGAGAGGCCAUGGAAGCCGAUGAACCACCAGACGAAUACAUCUUUCUCAUAGAGUUACGACUAGGUCAACAUCCAACAGCUAUCGUACUCGCUGAAUGUCGAUGGCAGCCGGAAGUUAUAGAUUUUGCUGCAUCGCCGGAAAUCAAGUGUGUUGCUGAUGUGGCGCUGAGAGAUUCCUUCAUGGAUGGAUUACAUAUAACACUCACACGUAAACGACUGACGUCCAAACUACGUGACGUCGAGCCAGCAGAAACUAUGCCUCCAUCACGAGAAGCAUCUAGGCCGCCGAGUGGUAAAUCUGGAGAAGCUGCAGCAGCAAAGAAGGCAGCUACAACAGCUACUGCAAGUGGUAAACCGUCACCAUCACGACCUGUUAGUGGAGCAGGCAAGAAACCUGCAGCUGCUGCAGCAGCACCAAGCAAGCCAUUGGAAUCGAAAUCUCAGCAGCCUGCCAAGCCUGUGACGAAGGAGGAGGGACGAUGGUUACGAGUUGUCGUAGAAACACUCGUAAUUGGUAAAGCUAAUGUCCAACUACGCGACGUCUUUGAAGGACAGACCGCCAUAUCUGGUGAUUACCAUCUCGAAAGCAAGACAACGCUACCGGCACCACCACCUGCUGCUACAGAAUCGUCAAAUGAGCCUGUUGCUGAUGCUCCAAAUGACGUUUCCAAUCUGGUUGCUACUGUACGUGUUGGAGUCAAACUGCAUCCACCUCCACCGGAGGCUGUGCCUGAAGUGGCUGAAGUGAAGGCUGUCAAGAAGGGUAAAAAGUAG